CUUUUACUUGCUUGUGGAGAUUUCCUCCUCCACAAUUUUGAUGUUUGAAUGAUACUUGUUUUGGAGGUCAACCCGUGCUGCUACAGUGGCUAUUUUUGUUGUGCAUUCGGGCUUGAAAUGGCAGUGUUGGGGGUGCUGUUUGGGCUGAUUUUGUAUUGGAAGUUUGACUCUGUCAUUGGGCAUCGUGUGGGGUGGUUUUCACUGCUGUUUUUGUUGAAGCUGAUUAUGCUGAAUACAAGUACAACAUGGUAAGGACAAGAGCUCUUCUAAGAAAAUUGUGACAUACAGGAUAUGCCGAUGAAGCUUCUGUAAUCUCAAUUUCAGCUUCACUGAGAAUUUCAGACAUUCUCUACUGUGACAAAAAGCUCUAUCUAUCUGCUGGAACGAUUUGCUUCGAGUAGGAUAUCCAAUUCCGUUCGUUAUCCGGCGUUUUUGUAGCUGAACUGAAUUGGAACGGGUGAUAGUUUUAAUCAUUGAAGAUCUUGCUUUGCUUGGGCAAUGCAUCGUUUGACCUCUGAAUUUGGUAUAUAUUCGAGGCUUCUGCGAUCAGAAACGGACUGAGGCUCUGCAGUGAGUAAAGUGUUGCUUUUACUGCUUAAUUUUGGAAUUGGACUGAAGCCAUGGCUCAGAGUAAUUGGGAAGCAGAUAAGAUGCUUGAUGUUUACAUUCAUGAUUACUUGUUGAAAAGAAAACUUCAUAAUUCUGCAAAAGCUUUCAUGACGGAGGGGAAGGUAGCAACUGACCCUGUAGCUAUUGAUGCACCUGGUGGCUUUCUUUUUGAGUGGUGGUCUGUGUUUUGGGAUAUCUUUAUAGCAAGGACAAAUGAGAAACAUUCAGAGGCAGCCGCUGCUUAUAUAGAGACACAGCAAAUGAAAGCAAGGGAACACCAACAACACCUCCAAAUGCAGCAAUUGCAAUUAAUGCAGCAGCGCAAUGUCCAGUUACGAAGGGAUACUAAUCAUCCGCAUAUGGGUAGUCCUAUAAAUGCCAUCAAUUCUGAAGGUAUGGUGGGCCAGCCAUCUGCCAGUGUAGUAGCUAUGAAAAUAUUUGAAGAAAGAUCGAAGAACCCCCAUUCCAUGGACUCAGAGUCAUCAUCAGCUCUAAUGGAUCCUAGUAGGAUUGCCCUUUUGAAGUCAGCUACCAAUCAAGGCCAGUUGGUUCAAGGUAAUUCUGCAGCUUUGCAGCAGAUGCAAGGACGACCUCAACUAGGAACGGACAUAAAAGGAGAAGUGAACUUGGGUGCAAAUCAAAAAUCUUUACCAAUGGAUCCCACCUCCAUAUAUGGGCAAGCAAUUCUUCAGUCUAAGUCUGGGCUUGGUGGUGCAGGGUUAAAUCAAGGUGUGACUAGCCUUCCAUUAAAGGGCUGGCCCCUAACUGGAAUUGACCAGUUAAGACAGGGUAUGGGGGGGAUACAGGUGCAAAAGCCUAAUUUACCUACCCAAAAUCAGUUUCUUAUGACAUCCCAACAACAUCCGGGACUUGCACAAGCCCAAACGCAAAACAACCUUGGGAACUCUAGUUAUGGGUUUGGUGGGUUACCAAGAGGUAACUUCAACCCAAAAGAUGGUCAACCAACAAGAAAUGAUGGAUCUAUAUGCUCUCCUGUGCGAUCAAAUUCUCCAAAGAUGAAGAUGCCCCAAAUGCAACAAUCUUCAUCUCAACAACAGGACCAACUGCAGCAACAACAACAUUUGCAGCAGUCAAUAGCUCCGAGUGUUAGAAUUAUUGUACGAAGAACACUGCGGAGCAGUGUUGAUGAAGAACUCGAUAGUAUAACGAAUCGCGUAUGAACACUUUCAGAGUCGAAAUCCUGUCACUCAAUCCAUACCACGAGACUCUAUUUUAUAGAGUCGAAAAUUCAUGACCGGACAUGAACGUUCGCGUAGGCGCGUACGUUCGCGCAGAGAGGAAGAAACGUUCGCGCGGAUAAGAAAAAAGGGUUUUGAAC